AUGUCUGGCUAUGAUCUGUGUCCUCCCACCCCAUGUGGCCCAACACCUCUGGCCAACAGCUGCAACGAGCCCUGCGUGAGGCAGUGUCAGGACUCGACCUAUGUGAUCCAGCCCUCGCCUGUGGUGGUGACGCUGCCUGGACCCAUCCUCAGCUCCUUCCCGCAGAACACGGCCGUGGGAUCCUCAGCAUCCGCAGCCGUGGGGAGCACCCUCAGCCAUGAAGGGGUCCCCGUCAACUCCGGUAGCUCCUCGGGAUUGGGGAGCUUGGGCUAUUCAGGCUUAGGCGGUGGGUUUGGUCAACCCUACCGUGGCCMCAACACCUACCGCAGUGGCUUCUAUGGGCCCUGUUGA